AUUAAAAAAUAAAUACAGUAAGUUGGAGAGAAGCAUAAAUUAUAGAAUAGCUGGUAGUAGUAAGUAUUUAUUUUUUUACACUACUUAUCUAUAGUAUUUGGUAGUAGGUUCCUAUUUUAAUUCAUGGUGAAUGUGAGCUAAGACUGGUGAACUCGGUCGAUACAUGAAAAUUCAAAAUGCCUAUUUCAAUAAAAUAAAUUACAAAACGUUCCUUAAAAUUAACACACUUCAUCGAUUUUCCAUGUAGAAAUCCAGCAACUAUACCUCGCUCAUAGGUAAAAAACUUUGAGACCUACAAAGUUAAAUCAACAUGCUAAUGAACGCAUGUGAUCCGAUUUUCAAUGCCAGUAUACAAUUGGAUGGCAGUUGUAUAUCACGAGAAGAUUAUUCCGUAGAAAAUCUUAUAUCGCCAGAUGCGGGGUUACGAAAAAGAGGAUUUCUAUGCGAGACUUUUAUUAGACCACCUGUGAGUUUAACAUUCAGUUUCCCAUUCGCGUUUGACAUUAAGUAUGUAGUGAUUGGCACGCGGGUGGGUGGUCAAAAGUCCUCAGGAUUUCAGAUAUUAGCUGGACGCAGUGACAAUGUUCAAAAGAUCUGUUCUAUGAUAACCGAAAAAGAAGCAAUAUUGUUUCAUGAUAAUAGUACGGAUUUAUCAAGGUAUGGGAACGAUUAUGAUAAAUGCUGUUUUAAUAUAUCUGCAAGUAGAAAUAUCAGAUCAGCAGAGAAGUUAUCUGUGCGUAUUUUCAAAACAGUAAAUUCUAUUCCAGCAAUAAGCAAGUUGGAAAUUUGGGGAAAGAUAUCAUGUGGUGUGCCAAAAGAAAUUCAUCAAUCAAUAACUCGUAAUUGGGAAGAGAGUAUAAGACCAAAACAGAUACAAACAAAAAUUAACAACGUACAACCGAUCACAAAAAUUAAUUCUGACGUUUUUGUUAUGUGUGAUGACUUUUUAGAUUCAAUUACUUAUGAAGUAAUGACAUGUCCUAUGGUUUUUCCUAGUGGAAAAUAUGUCGACAGAACAACAGUAGAAAAGUGCAUUGAACAUGAUACCAUGUAUGGACGUACACCUUGUGACCCUUUUACUGGAAUACCAUUUACAGAUAAACUAAAGCCGAUGCCUGUGCCUGAAUUAAAAGGACGAAUUGAUUCGUAUUUAAUAAAACACGCAGAUGAUGAAAAUGUUAAGUGUAUACCACGUGCAGUGGGUAAACAUAGUUUUAGUUUUUACAAAGAACGACAGACUAAAAAACCCAAAGUACAAUGUAGCACAUGUAAUGAAAACUGUAAUUUGUAUAAUUUACCUUGUAAACACCUGCAAUGUAGGAAUUGCCUAAAGACUGAGAGAAUUAAAUGCAAUGUUUGUCACAGUAACUUUAAUCGAAGUCAAAUAGAAAAAUAUCAUGAAGACCAUUAAUAUAAACAAGAUUUUGUCACAACAUUGAUUACAACUAUAGUUUUCUGAUCAUUCCUUCCAAGUCAUUUACUACUUCAUUCAUAAUUAAUCAAUAAUAACUAUAUGGUUAAUAAUAGCAAUGACCACUAGUGAAAGGCAAUGGCUGUUCAUCUGUUCUUUUAUUUUUUAAUUUACUAUUUUUUUUAAAGUAUAACAAUUAAACAUUGGUUUUAUCGAUCUGACACUAAAUAUUGCUUUGUACCUAUUGUAUUGCUAAAUAAAUGUGAAUUUUGUAAAAAAAAAAAAAAACCUUUAAAAGUAAACUGAAAAAAAUGUUUAGUCACAGUUUUAAAGUUGUAAUAUUAAUACACAUAUUAUUGAAUGUUUAAAAUAUGUAUUAACUGUUUUAUUAUGAAUACGGCCAUGAAAAAUAACUAAAAUCAUUGCCUUAACAUGUUAAACUCCGAUGUCAACACAUUGUUGACACAAGUAAACAGGCAUCCAUGGUCAGUGUUAACAUGAUUUGACAUGUCGAGUAAACUGUCGCCCGUGGCCAGAUAUACAGUAACCUUUUUGUAUUAAAUUUUUAUCAGGCAAAAAUAGUAGAACACAUUUGAAAUUUGUUUCAUCCAUUCAUUACCAUAUUGACUAUUUCAUUAAAUCUACCAAUUUUACAAUCAACGACCGCAGGUCAAUCACAGUGGCCGUGUAAAAUUAACAUUGACAUUGAAUGUCUUCAGAAAAUAUACACGUGGAAUCUUGAUUGUAAAACAUUUUUGUCUAUGCUUACUACAACUGUAUAUUACCGAAAAGGUGAAGCAUCUUGUUCAUUGGAAGUAGUAACACACCACGCUGGUGUCAGCUUACAUCCACCCCAAAGGGUGUAUUGCCAAAGAGAGCCAAGUACACUAUACAAUCAUAGUAAGGGUUUGGUUACUUGUCUUCUGGCUAUAACAUCUUACAACUUUGCAAUGUUGCUAAUACAAAAUGUCUAAAUUAAACAUAAAUAUAGAUACUUAUGAGUUCUUUACAUAUCUUCCAUUCAUCAACAAAUAGGAUCAAGUUGCAGUAGUACCUUUAGUACCAAGUUUAUUUUGAAUAUGAAAAUACCAAAUAGUAUUGCUAUGAAUAAUUUAAUAUAAUAAUGUAAUUAUUUUUUUAUAAAAAUUGUAUGAGAUUUUACAUUUCUACUCUUAAAUUGUUUAUUAAUAAAUACCUAUGUUACUAUAUAAG